AUGAGUGACGCAGCGAAAAAGACUGUGUCAGAAUUAAAAAACAUGUGUAAGACAAUUGGUUUGUCUGCACAUGGCGACAAAGCCACGUUGGUGGCUCGAUUAAAAAGCUCGCCAAAUUUUGAGCAGUGUCGAAAAGAAUUGUAUGUUGAAAUUGUUGGAGAUGAUGGUAGUGAAACGUGCAUGGUAAAGAGCAUCUCCGAGAUAACUGAAUUGUAUGUACUAUCUUGUUAUAAACACAACACCAAACCACUUCCUGUAAUAUUGGAACAUUUGAAAGGUGUGGAGACCAAUAAGCAACUAAGGCAAGGUCAGCUAUCUUUAAAGUCAAUUCAAUUAUCACCAAGCGAUUGCGAAGCGCUGGAAGAAGUCUUCAAAAGGGUACAGUAUAAAUCUAUAAAUUUUUCAUCAUGUGACUUAAGUGAAAGUGCUUUGAGUGCGUUGUUUGAUAUGAUUGAGUAUUAUGAGGCUACAAAUGAAUUGGAUAUAUCUUUAAAUGCAAAAGGCAUGACACAUCGCGGUUGGGUGUCCUGUACAUAUAUGGUGAGUCGUAGUCAGGAAUUACAAUCGCUUAAUGCACAAGGAAACCCCAUUUCAAAAUCGAGUGCCGAAAAUUUAGGACAUGCAUUGAAAACUUCUAAUCUUCAUACUCUGAAACUAGAACAUUGUGGACUUAAGGGUGCACCGUUAACUGGGCUUUGUUUUAAAUUGCGCUGCAAUCGCAUUCUCAAAGAGCUUUGGAUUGCUUAUAAUGACCUGGACUCUAAAGAUGCAGAGACAAUAGCAGAUUUACUGAAAUUAAACCAUUAUUUAGAAUUUGUAGAUAUCAGUAAUAAUAAUAUAAGAGAUGAAGGAAUUCAAUGUGUGGUGAAUGCGUUGAUUCUUCAGUCAAGUGAAUUAGAGCGACGUUCAGUGUUACAUCGUGCUGCUGCAAUAGAUGAUGAUGAGAGCUUAUCACCUAUAAAUAUUUCGCCAGCGAUAGAAACAGCAGACUUAAGUAUCAAUUCUUUAGGUAAAACAAGAAGUGUUGAUGACUUACUUCCUGCAACCAAAGCUAAUACAAUCAAUAACGAUCGUACAAACACUAAUAAUGAAGACUUAGAUGAUAAUGCUUUUGAACCAAUAACAAAUAAUACCAAUGAAAUACAGUGCAAUGCUCCAAAAGUGGAAAAUCAAACCGUUAAAAAGUUGGCAAAAACGAUAGAGACACAAGAAUCAGAUCUGACGACUUUAACAGCUGCUUCGACAGGAAUAGCAAACACUUUAAGUGUGACUCCAACAGGCAUAGAAGAGAACGAUCUAGAUGAAGACACUGAAGAUACAGUUAAAUCCAGCACAAUUAAAAAUUCUGUACAAGCUGUAGGACAGUCAAUGUUAGAUAAAUUACUGUCAAUGAACAGUGAUAGCAGUAGUGAAGAAGGUGCUUCAAAUUUAUCUACCGACACAGUAGCGCCAUGCUAUUCAGAGGAUGCGAGUAUUAUAAGUGAUGAUAUAUUUGAUGGCGCCUUAACUGCUACUACCAAUACUAGCACAAAUUCAAAAGCAGAAUGCAUAGUGGCCUCCACUCCCACAUGUGUUUCUGCUAUAGAUGUAAUAAUUAGCACAUCUGUUGAUAAGCAUGUUACACAAGACCAACUGCAGAUGGAAAAAGAAAAUGUGAUAAGUGAAUAUAAAAACUUUGAAGAGGCUAUAAAUUCUGAAAGCAAUAGUAAUUCUAAUAAUAGUAAUAGCGUAACAUCAACUACUAUAACGUCAUUAGGCAAUCAUAACAAUAAUAACAAUAAUGUCAAUAACAACAAUGAUGUUAGUGAUAAUAAUAGCAGUGAUAACUAUUCGAUACAUCAUAAUGAUAACUCGCAUCUUAAUUUAAAUCCGUUGAGGCACGCCACUAGUGAUGAUAGUACAUUACAAAGUUCAGGAAUAUUUGAAGUAACUGCAGAUGAAAGUGAUUGUCUAAUUUCCAAUGCAGUAAGUGACCGUGAAAGUGAUAGUUCCCAUUCCCUCCUACUGCACCAUUCAGCCAAAGUACUUGAUGUAAAUAAAAACACAAAGUUAUCAGAAGAUUAUGAUGACACGCACAGCACAGAUUCAGCAUUUGAAAGUGCCUCCGAAUGUGAUAUUAGUCGAAACUUACCUGAAGAAUUUAGUAGGCUUUCAGUUUCACUGGAAAGUACAAGGCUAGAUGAUAUAGUUAAAGAACUUGCCAUUGAAACUGCAACUAUUGCCACUGAAUCCACUGAGUGUUUAAUUGAAGCAGCAGCAGUAGCAGCAGCAGCAGUUCCGUCUAGUUCAGCUCUAACUCCACCCACCCCACCGCUAACACAAUUAUACUCACAUGUAAAAACACCAGAAAAAGAAAAAAGUGCUGAAGUUUCCGAUGAUUGUUUUUAUACUAAUUUUGUUCAAACUCCAACUACUAAACAGGCAAUCCCACAGAUAGAAACAUUAAAUACUGAAAAUAAUGAUAGGGUUAAUACAACCGUAACAGUAGAUGAUUUCGGUAAAGCCGAAAGCUGUUUUCAUGUAGAUAAUCUUGAAACUGCUACAUUAAUACAACCGAAAGUAACUAUUGCUGAAGACAGCAUAAUUAUUAAACACAAGGAGUGUGCUAAUAGCCCUAGACCAACGCCGCCACCACCUUCUACCUCACCAGGUGGCGUAAGUUUAGGCAUGCGCCGCACAGAAUCAUCUUCUGCUUUUAUAACACAGUCAACUCGCAAUCGAUCUCAAAGCAGUGAUAGUCUCUGCAGUGAUAAUUCUUUAGAUAGUAGUAUCAGUAGUGACCUUAAUUUUUCUACAUCAAUACAUAUAAAUGAGAAACUAACCAAAAACGAUACCCUUACACGGCAACAACGUCAAACAGAUACUACGAUCGACGUUUCAAAUAGAGCACCUAAUGGCCUUAAAGCCCUCGCCGUUUGGAAUAAUAAUCUUACAAAAGAGUCUGGACGUUAUAUAUCCGAAUUGAUGUCUAAAACUGAAUCAUUAGAAUUGUUAAACAUUGGUAAAAAUUGUUUAUCAAAUGAAUUCGUAACACUCAUUAAGGAUAGUUUAACCAAAAAUACAACAAUAACGACACUGGGACUACAAAGUGCUCAUUUAAGUGCUAAAGGUAUUGAAACAUUGGCCUCAAUACUUACCUUUGGCGGCAAUAAUACGCUGCAACGCAUAGACAUUCGUGAUAAUAAACUCGAAGCUGAAAGUUUGGAGACCCUGGCUGAAGUACUUAAGUCAAAUACAACAGUUACACAGAUUGAUAUUGAUGAUGAGCCGAAACGCUUAUCGUUGAUAUAA